GUUAAUAGUUGCUACUUGCUGUGCGGCCAACGGCGGUGGCAAGAAUAUUGAGAUUCCCAGUCCGCUUUGGCAUUCCCACGUGUAGGGUCCCUUGAUUUGGGCAUUCGGUUACGUGCCAGUGACAGGAUGAUCAUAAAAUAGGAUUACAAGUGGGCUCGAGGAUACCAUUUAGAGACUGAAGUGUGUAAAUAGUGAUAAAAUGUGCACCAAAAGUGGGUUUACCUCUCCCAAGGCUACCAAAGGAUCAUCGCCCGAGUUGAUGCCGAGUAUUAUGGGCGCCUUCGACGCCAUCAUCGGUAGCCAGCUCAGCCAGAAAGACGCCGAAGCUGAAAUAAAGACCAGCACGCCCCGGAGGACCAACCAGGUGAGCAACUUCAACCACCUCUCGCCCUGCGUCCAGAAGAUCCUCUCCAACGUCCCCGACCAGGAGAUCAGCAAGAAGUUCAGCUCCGAGGAGACGCUGGGCCCCAGACGGCUGGGCAACAGGCCGACGUACAGGUCCUUCCGUUCGCCGGAGAAGACCCUGAACAAGAGCGCCGAGAACCUGGACAUCAUCUCCACGAACGUGCAGAAGAUGCUGUCCAACCUGCCGGACACGGAGCUGGUGAUCAGCGCCAGUAAUUUGAACGUGUCCUGCGUGAAGAACCUCACUCGCAACAGCUCGUACCUGUUCAACUCGGGCCGGGAGUUCUUGAGCAGGACGUCGGACGCGGAGGGCGGCUGUAAUAAUAACAAUGGCGGCGUUAAACAGUUUUUGUACCACUCGGACGGUGUCGGGAAGGAGGACGGUGCGGUGAGUGGUUGCUGUGGGCAGUCGGACGCCUGUGAUAGUGAACGAUGUGGGAAUUGUGACGGGUACAGCCAGCAGCCGCUGGGGAGUUAUUUACAUUCGUCGCACGGUAUCGCGUCUAGGACGCCGGUUGGCAGGAAGAACAUGGGGAAGUACCUACAGGUUCCAAGCGAGAGCAGCGUGGGCAACGGCAGCAGCACGGCUUCUUCGGAGGUGUCGCGACCCGUGUCACUCACGAGCCUGGGUUCCUGUUCGUCGAGCGGGAGCAGCGGUCAUCACCAACCUGGUUCCGCGUACCUGGCGUCUGCGGAGAGUUUGGACAGCGAUCCCGAACCAACCGGAAGUCAAGGUUCCGCGGAUAGCGGCAUAGCCGAACAGGAACAACCCUCGGUAAGUCCAGAACUGAGGGUGCUACAGGAGGUUUUGGAAACUGAAACCGCUUACGUCACCGCUCUCAAUGAAGUGAUUCAGGGAUACUUGGAACCUUGGCGAGCGGAUCCAGAGUGUCCACUGGCUCAACAUUUGCAGCAUCUGUUCAGCAAUUUAGAAGAAAUAUACGAGUUUAACAGAUCGUUCCUCGAAGACUUGACGAAAGCCAACUGCGUGGCGACAAAGACUGGGAACUGCUUCCUGCAGCACCACACGGGAUUCUCCUUGCUGUAUAACGAGUAUUGCACCAAUUACCCCCGCACGAUGGAGGUACUCGUACAACUAACCAGGGACGAAAAGAUGGCUCCGUUGUUUAGGGAAAGACAGGUCGCCCUCGGACACGCCCUUCCCUUGGGCUCGUACCUGCUUAAACCGGUCCAGCGAAUCCUCAAGUACCACCUCCUGCUGCAGAGAUUAUCCAAACAGUGCGAUCCCGACCACAAGCCAACCGUGGACUUGGCUUUAACGACCAUGACCGGGAUCGCGUCCGACAUAAACGAUAUGAAGCGGAAACACGAGCACGCGGUUCGUGUCCAGGAAAUUCAGUCGCAACUCUACGGGUGGAACGGUCCCGAUCUAACCGCCCUGGGAGAGUUAAUAGCGGAGGGUAACUUCAGGGUCGUCGGGGCGAGAGGGAGGAGGCACGUCUUUCUGUUCGACAAAGUCUUGUUGUUAGCUAAAAGCAAGCAAGACGGCGUGUUGGCGUACAAGAGUCAUAUCAUGUGUUCCAAUUUGAUGCUGGUGGAGCAGGUCAGGGGGGAACCCUUAUCGUUUCACGUGCUGCCGUUCGACAACCCCCGUCUCCAGUGCACCCUCAAAGCUAGGUCUCCCCAGCACAAACGGGAGUGGACGUUGCAGAUCAAGAGGGUGAUCUUGGAAAAUUACAGCGCCGUCAUACCGAACCACGCCCGGCAGCUAGUGUUGCAGCUCGGUCAAGACUUGAACGACACAGACGACACAACCGACAAGUGGUCCCCGCUCCGCCAGUACACCACCCCCCACUACCUGGAGAGGAGGGGCAGGGUGCGGAAGACGCGCGACUUCACCAACAGACGGGCCUCCUCCCAGGACAGGUCGUUCCCCUCGUUGGGCAGCUGGCGACGGAAGUCGGAACCCAACAUGAUCCCACAGUACAACUCCAAGACGAUGCCCAAGAAAAUAGCCAAAAUCAAGAAAGCCAAAGAAUACAGCAGCGCGAGGUUCUACACGGACCUGUCGGACUCGGAGGCGUGCGACGUCGUCGGCGAAUCCACCGAGAGCUUGUCUCAGAACGUCAGCGAGGACGUGACCUACGAGCAGGAGGAAGAGGAGCAAGCGAGUCCGGAAGCUAUAAAGAAUAACCUGGAGAAGAUCGUGUCCGAGAUCCUGAUGCAGAACCAGAGCUUCCAGAAGGCGUUCUGUAAGCAGAACAACAGGAAGAACGUCACGAGCGAUCCGACGACUUCGGUGUGGUACGAGGACGGGCUCAAGCUGCCCAGCAAGGCCGAUUCGCUGCCGAGGUCGUUUCAGUUGAACGAUAAGAUCGCUACCAACGGGGAGCUGCAGGCCCUGUCGAAGAACGAGGAAUCCGUGCCCGAUAUGUCAUUGAAGGAGAACUCAAACGCUAGUCUUGAAGAGUUACACGAAAAUGAUCUCUCAUCUCAGAUAGAUGACAACGAACAUCCCGACCACAAGAUAUACCGCAAGUCCGUGAUCAGGUUCAGCAUAGUGCAGCGCGUCCGCCAGCUGCUCUCCGAGGAACAGAAGCACCACCAGAAAUACCCCGUGCACAAGCAGGGCUCCGAGGCCAUGGGCGAGAAAAUCGCCAAUCCCGACUACGUGGACCCGCAGAAGUUAUUCCUGAGUUCGCGACAUUGCAGCCGUGUGAACCUGCUGGUCGACAUCCCGUGCGACGACGUCGAAAUCGAGAACGGCAUGGGCGAGCACGAACCCUUAGAUCUCACCAUCAACGAAAAGGAAGUACUUAACGAGCUGGAGAAACGUCUCAACUGCGACGACCCGGACACCGGCCAGCCGGCCUCCGUCGAAGAUUCUAGUCAAAACGACACCGCCCGUUCCGAAGUUAGCUUAAAUUCUAGUCAAAAUUCCGAUAGUUAUUACGAGAGUAUCUUGGAAGAUUCCUUGACGGAGGAGUACGUCCGAGACCCGAGCGGCAAGCUUGUAGCGAAACAGGAUAGUUUUAACAAUGAUAACGGUGUCGUUUACACGCUCAGAUACAGGAAGUCCGAGACGCGUACCGAAAGCGUCCUGCACGAGAGAAAGUCGACGGUUAAACGUCCAACGAAGGCGCCCCCGCCGAUCCCUACCAAACCCAGCAGGCUGACGUCCAACGGUAAUUCCACGAGGGGCGGUUCCAGCGAGUCGGCCGUAAAUUCCAGUAACGUUAGUUGUAAGAGAACGUUUGUCAACGAUGUAAGUACCGUCGGGGAGAACAGCGGUCAAAGAAGUAUUAACGGUUCGACCAGUUGGGUCAAGACCAUGGUUGGACGGUUCGAAUGAUACUUGUAGAAUUUGUAAUUGGUCGUCUAACUGCGGAACGGCUAAAUGUACGUGUGACAAAUUUAACUUUUACUUCUUGUUUAGAUUUUUACCGGGGGAUUAGUUUUUCAAGCCGCAUCGGAGAUAUCGCUUGUCUCAAAUCGAGUUAGAGCAAAGUUGCGGAGGUUGACGACAAAUAACAAUUUUUAUUACGCCGUCCGUUGGAUCGGAGAAACUAUUAAUGUUUUUUUUGGGCAUCGUAUUGGGUUUUUGCACUCAGUUCAACAAUUUUUUCAGAUUACGAUGUUACGUCGUGUGUUAUAGUUUUCGUUUUCACUGAAAUACCGUAUUAAUCAUUUUUGCAAAGGGUGCUUUGAAAACAAAACGUUCAUUUGUUACGCAAAACGGAAUUUUGAUAGUGGGAUUAAAUCGGUUACAUUUUUAUAAAGAGUGCUGUGAAAACGAAACGCUCAAUUGUUUUUUUUUCACAUUUUGUAAUUCAGUGUUUCCGACUGACGAUGUGACAUACGAUAUAGUUCACCAAUUGUUAUUUGUCGAAAUACAAAAUUUUAUCUUUUAUAAAGAGUGCUUUGGAAACGAAACGGCUACUAUCAUCCAAACCAUGCAAAUUUGAGAUAUUCUUUCAAUUAAUUAUUCGGUACGUUUGAACUACUUGUUUUUAGUCCUCUACAUUCAAGACUGCAAUGAAAAGUUUAACCGAAUUUUGUUCAGUGUAACAGUCAGCUGUUUUGCUUUCAAAGCACCCUUUGUGAAUUAAUUAGAUAGUGCAGCGAUAACAAAAAAAAAAUAUGUUACAUCAUCGUAAUCAGGAAAAUGAGCUGAAAUAUAAAAUGCACGUAUUAUUUUUCCUUUCUAAAUCGAGCGUUUUAAACUCGAGUGUUAUCGGUGAACGUUUCCGAUUAUGACGAUGUGACAUAGAAUAUCUAUGGAUUUUGUCGAAAUACCAAAUUUUGCACUUUUAUAAAGAGUGCUGUGGAAACAAAACAGACGACUAUCAUUCAAAACGAAAUUUUGACAGUUCGCUUGAAUUUUCAUCGACAUCAAAGUUAAUGGAACUACGCAAUUUUGAGGUAUUCUUCAAAUUAACUCUUCGGUACGUUUGAACUACUUUUUCUACUAACAGUCUUUUACUUUCAAAGCACUCUUUUUAGAAGUGAAUAAUUUGGUAUAUCGUCGAAAAAAAUUAUAUCUAACAAUAUUUGUUCUGGUUUUUGAAAAAAAAAAACAAAACAAAAAACGUUGGUAGAAAUUAUCGUAAUUAAAUUCUGCAAUUUUGCUCCAUCUCGACCGAGCUUGUAUAUGUUGAGAUAAACCGAGACUUCCGGUGCGGCUCGAAAAAGGGACACCCCAUGUAUAUUAUUCACGGGUGGAUCAAAACGUUGUCCCACGCGCUGAUUAAUGAUUUCUUCAUUUUAUAAAUGAGUACAAUAAAUUACGAGACAAUAACGUAGGAAUAGUUCUUAUAGAUGCACUUUUUUCAGAUUCGGUUGCGGCUCAUUUAAUACACGGGGCGUUAAUGGAUAAUGACACGGCGAAGCAACUUCGUAUAAAGUUUGAUAUAGCGUAUUUUUCAUUAAAAUAAAAGAUGCUAACCGUUUCCGAGUUGCGGCGACGACAAUUACGGAAUAAUAUGGAAAACGUAUCAACUACGUGGCGGGACCAAAGGGUACGUUACGUUUUCUAUUUUAACUACCGACAUUAGCGAUCGUCUGUAUAUAUCGACCAUAAAUUUGUGAUUACCGCGAAAAAUGCAAUUUCAUUUUCAUUUUUAAAAGCGUAGUGGAAUGUACAGGACGUAACUGAAAUGCUAGACAGUACUUUAUUGGCAAAUUCUACGACGCAGAUUAAAGGAAGAAAGUUUCUAUAAAUGCGAGUCUUGAAAUGCUUCGUUUCAAGGUACGGGGCGUUGAAGAUUUAAAAAAUGUUUCAUUCGUAGUUUUUCGAGAGCUCGACUUGAAAAAAAAUCUUACAGAAGCACAUUUCGGGUAUUACAACACACCGUUUUCUUAAUAAAUGGCAAAUCGUCACCGUGUAAACAUAAUUAUCGGUAAAAGUGUCAUGACGUCAAGCUAUAUUUUUUUUAAAUAAUAAUUGGUUUUCCUCAACUGUUAUUUGCAACUUGGAAUAAACCACAUCCUCGCGUUAAGUUUGAACACCCUGUAUAUUUAUAGAAACUUUUAAAGCUUAACCUAGCGUUUUGGUACACACUGUAUAAUUUCAUUAUGCGUUUGUUUUCUUCAGAAUAUGCGAAUAUUCUGAAUAGAGAUAUAUUUUCAAAGAAUCGUGUCGUUUUUUUUUUUUACUUUUUUAAACCAAAACGUAGGAAAUACUACAAAACUGUAACAUUUCGGAUACUAUUUGCCAUUUUAAUUUUGUGAUAGACUACACGAAGUUUUUGACGCUCUGCAUCGGAAUCCGUCUUCGGAAUUGCUCCGUCACAUCAGUUUUUCGAGAUAACCUAAAAACUCUCCGCUAUAUUUGAGGUUACGUUAGUUCACGAGGUAAUUUUUCCUCAUAAAACUCAUUGCGACAAUUGAAAGUGCAACGCUCCUCCAAAAUCCACUGAAUUGUUCGUAAAUCGUUUGUGAAAGUUAAUUAGUUUGGUGUUGUCGAUAUUUGAAAGUUGGAUCCGCCAUUUUGAAUUUUGAAAUUCUGUAUUCAAAUUUGAAAUCAGCGUAGAUAUCACAGUUUCAACGGUUACGCCAAAGUAAUCAACUCUAACAAGCGAUUUCUCGGAGAGCAAAAGAGACGUUUGAACUACUCAAAAUUGAUUUUAAACAAUACAAUAACGUUUUGUGGUUAAAAUUUACCUCGUGAUGUAGCACAAAGCCAAAAAAA